AGUACCAAACAGCACAAAGCUGAUGCCCCAUAUAGAACAUUACAGACUCAAUAUAGGUGAUUGAUGAUACAGAAUGCGUAACUGAUUAACAAUACAGUUUGCAAUUCCUGCUUGACUACUGCUGAAAACUACAGAUUUUUGCAGUUAAUGCCAACUGGAAAGAAAUAGAAGAUUUCAGAGUAGAAGGUCCUGCUUUUAUACUGCCAAACCUCCAUCAGUAAGGCAUAUUCAGUCACCUUUAUGGUCCUGAUCUUUAACUUUUUUUUUUUUUGUGAAAGAAGUCCUUUACUCAGUUGUAUUAGACUGGCUUUUUAUUCAUAGUCAGGUUAGACUGUUUUCCUUUGAAUGAGGCCAGAAGAUAAAACUGGAGUCAUGGAAUGCCUUCAGUGAUCACUCUACCACCUGACCUGGCAGGAUGCUAUUUUUAGAGUUUAGUAGUGAUACUGGGCAUCAAGAGGGACAAGAAAAAAAACUUUCCAAAUUAAAAGAGAACAACCAAGAUCCAAAGAUCACUGGGAUCAGACAAAAAUAAAAUGGGAUAAAAAUAAAAGCCAAGAGGCAAUCUAUUGGAAUUUAGGGAAAAGUGGGAGUCCCAGGAAGGAAGGAUGGAGGGCACUGCAGGUAUUGGAAAGCCGGUACAAAAACUUCAUGAUGGAAGAUCCAUUCCUUCUACAUUGGCAAGAAGGUACCUUCCAGCUCUUGAAUGCUAGGUUUCUGAAUUUUGGAGGUGCACAAGAAUUAAGUUAUUUUUACUAAGGAGGCCAGGGGAAAAUGGCUCAGUUAAUCAAGGUCACUGAGCAGAGCAGCAGGUAAUUACUCCCACACCUGCAUGGGUCUGCACUAGUACUACCCGGAGGUGCAGAGCAGGGAUUAGCUCCGAGCUAGCAUCCCGGGGCGGAUGAAGGUGCAUGGCCUCGGCAACAGAUUCUAACGCAGCCGACAAGCUGGGCCAGGGCGCAUAAGCGUGGCUGCAGCAGCAGCCUGGGCUCUGGGCUCCAGUGCACCUGUCGCAGCACGAGCCCUGCGCAGAAGCAAGGAUGGCAGGUAAACCUCUUUCAGAGAUGUUUUGUCCUUCCCAAGAUGGCCCCAGACCCUGCACGGCCCGCCCCCAACAGCGUCCUGACCUCCUCUAAGGCCGCCACUUCCUGUUCAAGGACCCUGAAGCCUGCUCCGCAUCACGCCUGGACGGACGCGGUAUGCAUGGGUUCUUUCUGGCCCGAGAGGAGGCUGCCUGAGGGAAGAGCCUCCUGUGGCCCUACGGCGCCCCCACGGACAUCCUGCCGCUGAAGCGCCACGGGCAGCUUCCCAGCUCGGCGCGACAAGAUUGCGAUCCGGCGCGGCCCGGGGCUACCUCGUUGUCAUCGCUGACGUCAGAGCGGCGUCGGCGUCGGGCUCGCGGGGAAGAGUCGCGGGUGGCGCAAGAUGGCGGCGGCAGCAGCAGCGGCGGCCGCUUCUGGGUCCCGGGCGGAGUCGGCUGCGAUAUCGGCGGCGGUGGUGGCAGAGGAGACAGAGAACAAGGAGGCAGCGACGGCCUUAGCCGUGAGGGCGGCGCGUGGGCGCCCUGAGCACAAGGAGCAUUCGGAGGAUUCGGGCGGGGGCGGCGACGGCGUGGACGAAGAUGAGGAUGACGAUCUGGGUUGCUCCUCGGCGGAGGACGACGAUGACGAUGACGACGACGAUGAGGAAAAGGAGAACGAGGCGGAGAUCCAGCGGCUAGAGGAGCAGCUUUCCAUCAAUGCCUUUGACUACAAUUGCCACGUGGACCUGAUAAAGCUGCUUCGGCAAGAAGGGGAACUUAUCAAACUGAGAAGAGCUCGCCAGAAAAUGAGUGAACUUUUUCCUCUUACUGAAGAAAUCUGGCUGGAUUGGUUAAAGGAUGAGAUCAAGAUUGCCUCAGAUGGUUCAGAUCGGGAGAAAGUAUAUGAACUCUUUGAGCGAGCAGUGAAAGACUAUAUUUGUCCUGAAAUUUGGCUGGAGUAUGCCCAGUAUUCAAUUGGUGGGAUUGGUCAAGAAGGCGGUAUUGAGAAAGUUCGCUCCAUAUUUGAAAGAGCCCUUACUGCAGUUGGCUUACAUGUGACCAAAGGAGCAGCCAUGUGGGAGGCGUAUCGGGAGUUUGAGAAUGCAAUUCUGAAAACAGUCCAGCCCACUCCUGGCCGUGUCCCAACAUGUAAGCAGCAGCAGACCCUGGCUCUACAGCUUGAGAGAAUCCACACGCUCUUCCGUCGCCAACUGGGCGUCCCACUUCUAGACAUGGAAGCCACCUAUGCAGAAUAUGAGGAGUGGUCCAACGACCCAAUCCCGGAGUCGGUCAUGCAGAACUAUAAGAAAGCGCUACAGCAAAUGGAGAAGUGUAAACCCUAUGAAGAGGCCCUGUUGGUAGCAGAGACACCAAAGCUAGCCGAGUAUCAAACAUACAUUGAGUUUGAGUUGAAAGCUGGCGAUCCUGCUCGUAUUCAGUUAAUCUUCGAGCGUGCACUGGCCGAGAACUGCCUUGUUCCCGACUUGUGGGCCCGUUAUAAUCAAUACCUGGAUCGGCAGUUGAAAAUGAAGGAUCUGGUCUUAUCUGCACACGACCGCGCUGUUAGAAACUGUCCCUGGACAGUUGGACUCUGGAAUCGGUAUCUCUUAGCCAUGGAAAGACAUGGAGUUGCUCAUCAGAUUGUUUCUGAUAACUUUGAGAAAGCACUGAAUGCUGGCUUUAUUCAGGCUACGGAUUAUGUGGAGAUCUGGCAGGCGUACCUUGAUUACCUGAGGAGAAGAGUGGAUUUUAAACAAGAUUCGAGUCGAGAGCUGGAGGAGCUGAGGGCUGCCUUUGCUCGAGCGCUGGAGUAUUUGGAACAAGAAGUGGAAGAACGUUUUAGUGAAAGUGGAGAUCCAUCCUGUACCAUAAUGCAGAAUUGGGCAAGAGUGGAGGCUCGCCUUUGUAACAAUAUGCAGAAAGCUCGAGAACUCUGGGAUAGCAUCAUGACAAAAGGAAAUGCAAAAUAUGCUAACAUGUGGCUGGAGUACUACAACCUGGAACGGGCACAUGGGGACACCCAGCACUGUCGCAAGGCUUUGCAUAGGGCCGUUCAGUGUACCAGUGACUACCCGGAACACGUCUGCGAAGUACUGCUCACGCUUGAGAGGAUUGAAGGUACUCUGGAAGAUUGGGACACAGCUGUUCAGAAAACUGAAAACCGAUUAGCCCGAGUUAAUGAGCAGAGAGUCAAGGCUGCCGAGAAGGAAGCUGCCCUUGCCCAGCAGGAAGAGGAAAAGACUGAGCAGCGCAAGAGGGCUCGGGCAGAGAAGAGGGCCUCCAAAAAGGUGAAGAAGACCAAGGCUGGGGACAAGCGGAAGGUGGAUGAAGAUGAGGAGGACCAGUGGGGGGAUGAAGAAGAAGAACAGCCCUGCAAGCGACCAAGAGCUGGGCACAACCUUUCCUUGACCGAAGAGGCAGAAUCCAUGAGCAUGGAGCUGGGACUCUUUGGGAGGAGUGAACCUACAGAAGUGGACCCCCCUUCCAAACAGAAGGAGAGAGCAGCUGCAAUCCGAAAGGAGAUGCCCAAAGUGUUCCACGAUAGCAAUAAAGACAACAUCACUGUAUUUGUCAGCAACUUGCCCUAUGGCCUGGGAGAGCCUGAUGUCAAGCUCAGGCCCCUCUUUGAACCCUUUGGGGAGGUCACAGAGAUCCGCCCCAUCUUCAGUAACCGUGGAGACUUCCGGGGCUACUGCUAUGUGGAGUUUAAGGAGGAGAAAGCAGCCCUGCAAGCCCUCAGCUUGGACCGGAAGAUGGUGGAUGGAAGGCCAAUGUUUGUUUCACCUUGUGUGGACAAGAACAAGAACCCAGAUUUUAAGGUGUUCAGGUACAGCACUGCCCUGGAAAAGCACAAGUUGUUUAUCUCGGGUUUGCCAUUCUCCUGCACAAAAGAAGAACUUGAAGACAUCUGCAAAGUUCAUGGAAAUGUGAAGGACCUCAGGCUGGUCACCAACCGUGCUGGAAAACCAAAGGGGCUUGCCUAUGUAGAAUAUGAAAAUGAGUCACAGGCUUCUCAGGCUGUGCUGAAAAUGGAUGGGAUGACCAUCAAACAGAACGUCAUUAAAGUGGCCAUCAGUAAUCCUCCUCAAAGAAAGCUGCCCGACAGGCCGGAGGCAGGGAGGGCCUUGGGAGCCAUGGUGCCGCGGCAGGUAUAUGGCGCGCGGGGUAAGGGGAGGACCCAGCUCUCGCUCUUGCCCCGGGCGUUGCAGCGCCCCAACAAUCCUGGCCCUAAGACUGAGAAUGGGACAUUCCAGACCCCACCUGGACCCUCUUCUACACCCACAGAGGCACCCAAGAUGUCAAAUGCUGACUUUGCCAAGAUGCUCCUGAAAAAGUGAAUCGGACUCUACGGGAAAUGUGAAAAUGCCUUUUAGAAAGCCAUUUUGUGUCCUUAUUUCUGCUAGCAAGGGGGACCCCCCAUCAUUCCCUGUAAAUACAACUUUGCCCCGUUAGGUCCACCAAAGUCCAGUUUGGGGCUGUAUGUACCAAGCCAGAGGCCUCUUUGGUUUUGACCGAGACAGAAGGCUGGGAUGGGUUUAAAUGGCUUUAAAUGAUCCCUCAUAUUGAGGGUAGGUGACAUGAGGGAAGUGUUCACUUUACAGACAGGCAGGGGGUGAAGUUUCCUAAGAGGUUUUUUGUCUUAAAAGAAUGGAAGGAAUUGAGGAGGACUUAAGCUCCGCUUAUCUCACUGGGGCAGUUGCUCAGUCAGCCUUUUGCCAUUUACCAGAUACUUGCUUCACACCCCUCGGAGCAGACGGGUCUAUCAUUCUUGGCAAAGACAAAAUGGCAGAUGCUCGGAAUUCACCACAAUGGCCUAUUUUAGUAGGGGAAGGGGCAUGUCAGAGAAAAAUGGGUUGGCUUGAUGUUCUGUUCAAAGUGGUCUGUUUUUAUAUUGUGUAUUUGUAAAUGACAUGUCGAACCCUUAUUUUUACGUUUCCUAACAAUGGGAGACCAGAGAUGUUUGUUUUGUAUUCAGAAUUGUGUGUGCUGCCACUGGUGGGUCACAUCCACUUUGUCUGCCCAAGGAACUGGACUCCUCCCUGUUGAGACCCUCCCUUUCACCCCUUGGUUCUGUUUCUAUAUGAUGUCAAAUGCAAACUCCAGUUCUCCAUUUCACUUCACUUAUUAAACUGAAGUUCUCUUUAAAAGAGCUUUUGCACAA